GGGUUAGGGACAGUGUCCAGUUCUCCUCAUGGGGUUUAUCGGUUGGAUGGGUUAGGGUUAGGUUAGGGACAGGGUCCAGCUCUCCUCCGCUUGCUGCUUGUACUUCAUGGGCUUCCGUUGUUGAAAGUGUAAACAGUGGCGCAUGCACUCUGUUGUUUUCAAAUAUCUCUCUUUCAAGGGACCUGAUGAUGAGUGAUAUGCGUCAGUCAUUGCUGCGUCGUGAUGCCCUGAGUGCCGCUAAAGAGGUGCUGUACCAUCUGGAUAUCUACCUGUCUGGGCAGGUACAGAAUAGCCCCUCCCCCUCGGUGGACACGCCCACUCUGGAACUGGUGGAGGAGUUUAUACUGCACAGGAGGAUGAGUGCGUUACAGGAGCUGCAGCUGUUGGAGAUCAUGUGCAGCUGUUUCCAGGAACAGAGUCGAGACGCUGUGAGACAACUCAUCUUCUCUGCCCUGUUCACUCUACAAGGUAACCAGGCUGACGAGAGUCGCAUGGCGUUGCUAGGCAAGCUAGUCUCCAUGGCGAUCGCUGUGGGCAGGGUCCCCAUCCUGCAGUGUGCUGCUACCUGGUUACAG